UUCAGCCAACCGCUACAAAAAAUUGUAGAACUGCAGAGAAAACAAAUCAAAGAAAUGAAUACUCUGAUUCCAGAGUCUGCGAAUGUCUCACUCCUGAAUUGCAUUGACCUUUCCAGUUCAGAUGUUCAGCUAUCCGUCUCCCUCCUUAAACAGGCAUGCUUGGAUUCUGGAUUCUUCUAUGUGAUCAAUCAUGGAAUCGAUAAGGAAUUCAUGGAUGAGGUCUUCUCUCAAAGCAAAAGAUUUUUCAAUUUGCCCGAGCAGGAGAAAAUGAAGCUUCUAAAGAAUGAGAAAAGUCGGGGCUAUACUCCGUUGUUUGAUGAAAACUUGAACCCUGCCAAUCAAAUUCAUGGGGACUAUAAGGAGGGAUAUUACAUAGGCAUUGAGGUGUCUGAAGAUGAGUCUGAUGCACAGAAACCAUUUUACGGCCCAAACAAGUGGCCAUCGGAAGAUAUUUUGCCCAGGUGGAGGAAAACCAUGGAGGAAUAUCACCAAGAGGCACUAGAGGUAUCGAGAUCCGUUUCCCGGCUGAUAGCCCUUGCACUAGGGCUAGAUAUCAACUUUUUUGAUCAACCUGAAAUGCUCGGAAACCCUAUUGCAACUUUGAGGCUGCUACAUUACGAAGGUCGAACUUCUGAACCUGCCAAUGGAAUUUUCGGAGCUGGUGCACAUACUGAUUAUGGUUUAAUUACCCUUUUGGCAACAGAUGAUAACUAUGGUCUUCAGAUAUGUAAAGACAAAGAUGCUAAGCCUCAGACCUGGGAGUAUGUACCACCAUUAAAAGGGGCAUUUAUAGUUAAUCUAGGUGAUAUGCUGGAGCGAUGGAGCAAUUGCCUUUUCAGAUCCACGCUGCAUCGAGUAUUGGGCAAUGGCCAAGAAAGAUACUCAAUAGCAUUUUUUGUCGAGCCUAGUCAUGAAUGCAUUGUUGAAUGUUUGCCAACAUGCCAAUCAGAGAAGAAUCCUCCAAAAUUCCCUCCAGUUAAAUGUGAAGAUUACCUCUCGCAGAAGUAUAAAGAUACCCAUGCCGACCUCAGUUUCUAUGCAUGAUAUUAUGCAUACAAAACCACCGAUGUUGAAGGCAGUUCUAUCCAAGCGAGAUUCUAUGAACAUGACUUUUAGUUAUCGAUGCUUUGAUUACUUUGUACAUGAAAUUUAGUGUCACUCCGUGUUGAUGUAAUUUAGUUCUACACACAGUAAUUAUACAUUCUUGAAGACAUUCUAGUUAUACAAAUCUAUACUAAGAUUGUGGUGGA